CUCUCAAUUAACGAAAUGGCUCGUACUAAGCAGACCGCUCGCAAAUCCACCGGUGGCAAGGCGCCCCGUAAACAGUUGGCCACCAAGGCUGCUCGUAAGAGUGCCCCGGCCACUGGCGGUGUCAAGAAACCCCAUCGUUACCGCCCCGGUACCGUCGCUCUUCGUGAGAUCCGUCGUUACCAGAAAUCGACUGAGCUUCUGAUCCGCAAGUUGCCGUUCCAGCGCCUGGUCAGAGAAAUCGCCCAGGACUUCAAGACUGACUUGCGUUUCCAGAGCUCGGCCGUGAUGGCCCUUCAGGAGGCCAGCGAGGCUUACUUGGUGGGUCUUUUCGAAGACACCAACUUGUGCGCCAUCCACGCCAAACGAGUCACCAUCAUGCCCAAGGACAUCCAGCUUGCCCGCCGUAUCCGUGGUGAACGUGCUUAGAUGACUGUAGUGUUAGUUACCCCGGCCCUUUUCAGGGCCAACAAACUUAAUGAAAACGAA